AUGUCGCAAAUAGCAGCCAGCCCUCCUGGCAACAUCGUGGCACCAUCUCCCCCCGAGGGCUUUGUCCCUCGGAGGGAAUUCCUACGCGAGCAUCGAGCAACUGCGAAUGUAUUUGCCCUGAUGUCCAUCUCUGGCUCGAAUCUCAUCAGACUCUACUCCUUCCCGGUCGUUGUCGUCAAAGCACUCCGUAUGAUGUUCGAGAACCGGGAGCUGUUGAGCUUCGUCAGAGAAGACUCCACGCAGAACUGCUGUGAGUUCUCGAUGGAGGGGAAACCCUGGACAAUGCCAAAGAAUGUCUACACCGAGAAGCUGCUGCUCGACCUCUUGACUGUGUUAUCCUCGCAUGGAUGGAAUUUUCUAUCCUCUAUAGACUAUGGGCGCGAGCAUGACGACCGCCUCGCCCUCACUUUCUACAAACCUUGUGCCGUCCAACAAUUCGGCAGAGGUUCCCCUGUUCCUCCUACGCCCAAUAUUUCGAUGAGUAACUUGCACGACAAAAUGGGAGGUCGGCGCACUUUCUUUGGCGUCUCUUUCGCCUCUGCGAGCGUCCUGCGAGUAAUAUCACCACCACUCAGUAUCACCCCAGCCAUUUUGCAAGCUGUGAGGGGAGCUUGGCCCCGAGGUGUAGUAUCGGAAAAGAAGAUCGGCACGAACGCGUUUGAAUUCAAAUUGAAAGGGUAUAAAUGGUUCCAGGAGGAUACAUUCGCCACUGAUUCCCUUCGACACAUACUCACCCUUCUGACAUCACUUGAUGUUUACGACUUCAGUCUUAUCACGUCUUUGUCUUUGGGAAAUCGGUCUCGCGUGAAGGAUUUGUGGAUUUUCGCUGGGCCUCCGUCUUCCUCAGGCGACGAGAUCAUCCGUGAAUCUCCUCCACCCUCUAUCCUCGAUGGUUCUCUACCAGACCUCAAGAGGCUGGUCCGCCUCCAAGAUCUAUCGCACUCUCCCCUUGUGAACCCGCCUUUCCAACAUCGCCGCUUCACCAGCUCUCCAGCAAGUUCGCCCGCCAUGCCUAUGGCCCCGUCCGCCCACGUCAGGGCAGCAACUGAAGGCGGCAUCACCCAACCUCUCGAUCAGCAAACCGACCAGUCGAGUGACGUCGACUCGUUGUCAAUUCUCAGUCCCAACCGGAAGUCCAUAUCACGCAAACCCGCACCCCGAGCGCAGGUGCCGGUGUCUGCUCUGUACGAUACUGAGCCCCAACCGCAGCCGCGUGAAUUCUUCAGGACUAAUUUGCCUAGUACGAUCAGUAAUGGCACACCUGAUAUGACUGGCGUAGGAUCUAGGGGAGGGACGCCUGAAUUGUAUCAACCGGGGACGGCGUGGAGUGACGAUACCUCGUCCCAUGGGUCUCCCCGGGCCAUCACCACCGAGUCGCCCCCGCCCUCUGGUCACUCUCGGCCACCACGAACUAAGACACCGCCCGCGCUGGUGUCCGAUGGUCAUUCCUCACACUCCUCCGCCCCCGUCACCACCCAUGUCAUCCAACCGUCAGACUCAACGCCCAGAGCUACGCAGACUAUUAGUACUGGCGCCCUCCUGAGCCCGGGUGUAUUUAGAGACUCGGCUGUCUCGUCUGCGGAAACGAGCUACGAUGCUGUACCUAUUAAAUGGGUAGGGUCUACCAUCCAACCUCAGGGGCAGAUGCUGGCCCCCGCCGCCCAGGUAGAUCGUAUGUCUUCUGGCCCAAACUUUCCUGGGGGCUGGAGACCAACGCCGGUCGAAGAGAAGGACGAGGAAGAAGUUGUCGCUCCGGCCCAUACAUUCGGCCAGCACAACGACCCGAGUCCGGAACGUGUGCUGCAGGAGGUGAAGUCUCGCGUGGAAUCGCCGGAGUAUAAGCAGGGCGACCACAGAUCGCGGAAGAGCGAGGCCGGUGUCGUAGGAUUGAUUGCAGACCCCGCCCCUCACCAAUCUCCGCCUGUGCCGCGACUAGACAAGGGGAAGGGAAGGGAAACGUCUAACCACGCUAGUUCAAGCAGCGGACAAGGCUGGGUUCUUGUCAACGUGGAUAAAGAUGCACAUGCCCAGUCGCCGCCGCUGCAUCGCGUACCCAACAGUCUUCAUCGGACGAGCGAGUCUCGGAGUCAGUCUUCCCUGCAAUAUCAAAGCGCACCGGAGUCUCCUGGGUCCCGAGGUAUCUCUGAAUUUCCCCGGCAUAGCGAGCAGAGCCCACCACCCGCACCUGCGCAAGCAAUCGUAGCACUUGAUGCCGUCGAGGCCAGCAGCAAGUCCAAACAUGGUGAGGAAAGUUCAUCUGCUGUCCGUCGUCUGUUUUCUUUGACUAGGGGGAAUUCAAACAAGGGCAAGGGCAAGGCCGGCGAUUCGACAGAUGGAUUAGCUGGAAGGGCUAAGGAUAUAGAAGCCACGGCACAAGUGAUAGAAACGAGGACCCAGACUAAACCGAGGACUCGGGGCGUUCUGCGGUCCAAGUUCAGGUUUGCCAACACGCCGGAAGCAUCUAGGAAUAACGACAAGCGACGAAGCAUGGAUCUUUGA